AUGAAGCUUCGAGAUGAGUUCUUAGCUAGGAAGAGAUCUGAUGAGACCUUCCCUGCUUUUGCUUCAAGACUACAUCGACACCUACGGUUCUAUUUUCAAAGUCGUAGGAUUGAAACUCUAGAUCAAGGUUUAUCUUUGUUGGUUGUGGACAGAAUGAAGAAAUUGUACCCAGAAAUUUGUUGGAACUUGUGCUGGCUCAGGAAGGAGAGGAUUGGUUACCGAAAGGGUUUGAAAUGGCCCAAGAAAGAGGACAAAGGGGGACCAAUUUCUAAGGUGGAAUGUUACAACUAUGGAAGUACUGGAUAUCUUGCCAAAUUCUGUACACAGAAGGCCAAGGAUAAGAAACUUACAAGGAAGAUCAUGAAAUGCCAAGCAGACAAAUACUUCCAAAGACCAUUCAAAGUCAAAAUUCAAGCCAGGCCAGUUUGUAAAGCAUUGGUAGAUAGUGGAACCAAAGUUGAUGGUGCACGGAUGAUGUUGACUCCCAACCAUAAUGAAGGGAAAAAUAUCGCAUCUGCUGUCCGGUUGUGGUGUGCACUGAUUCCUAACGGCAACUAUCAAUUAAUUAUCACACCGAAAGUGGUAAAUUUGUUGAACAUGGCAGAAGAGUAUGUGGUACCUUCUAUGAAACCUGGAAUCACAGAAGACAACACCUCAGUAAAGAUUGCCGAUGAUAGGGCAUUGACGUUUUACAACAUUGACGAUCCAAAGUUAAAGUGCCUAGAGAGGUGUGGACGGCCAGGUAAACGUAAUGUCGGAGAUGCUACUGAUGAUGAAGAGGACGGUAAUGUUAGCAACAAUAAUAAGGAUAAUACUAAAAAUAAUAAGCAGCAGAUAAAUAAAAAUAGUAAUGAUUAUAAUGAGGUUACUACUACUACUACUACUAAUAAUAAUAAUGUCUGCGAUGUUGAUGAAGAGGAAUAUGAAGUUAUUAAUGAUCAUAUUUUUCUCUUGUCAGAGCCAGAUUCUGAAUACAUCGGUCAUCUCUCCAUUGAUUCUGGAAAAGCAAAUACGAUUGAAAAAAGUAUUGUUGAUUUUUUUGAAAUGAAAUUUGAAUUUCGUUUUUCCUUGGUGGCAAUUGGAUGCGAUGGCACAGCGGUAAACACCGGACACAAAAAUGGAGUCAUUGUUUUACUAGAAAAACACAUGAAACGACCUUUGCAAUGUCUUGACGGUACUACAACAGGCCGUAAUGGCUUUUCUGGCAGCAUAGGAAAAAGGUUUGCCAACUGUCUUGACUUUAAAAUGUGCUCCGCAAUUUCAGCUGGUACAGUAUCACCAAACUUAGCUAUUAAAGAUCCAGGAAAACUGACACAUUUUCGAUGGUUGACUUGCACAAACAGGAUUUUUCGGUUAUAUAUUGGAACAGCUAACCCGACGGAAAACUUGAAAGAAUUAGUCAAGUUCAUCAUGAAAAUUUACGCACCAACCUGGUUUAAUAUCAAGACAAAAUCAUCUUGUAAAUAUGGUCUAAUUCAUGUGUUCAACAUGGUUAAAAGAUGUUUGUAUUUAUGUGAUGACCUAAAAAACAUUGUCUUUAAAACCGUUCAAAAAAAUGCUUUUUUCGCUCAUCCAGAAAAUAUAUUGCUAGCUAUGUUACAAGAUGAUGCAGAAAACAUAAGAGAACUGUCUCUUCGGAGAAUUUUAAAAGCAAGAAAAGAAUCCAAAGGGAAAAAAGUUCGUGAAUUCAAACUUCCAAAACUUAAGAUUGAUGCAUCAAGGUGUUAUGAUUUAAUAGAUUGGGCGAUAGAAAAAAUAACAGAACCUCCACCCACAAUGAAAUAUAGCAACAUAGAAAUUUCAAAUGACAUUUCUUCAAAAUGUCUCCUUGAAAUUGAAAAGUAUCCUUGCCACACUCAGUCAGUAGAAAGGUGCGUCAAGCUCGUGACAUUAUCUGUUUGUGGACCAGAAUCUAGAGAUGGAUUUAUUUGA